AUGAAGGGGCAUUUGUUUCUUCUGCCCCAGUGUCGUCGAAAUCAAUGUCGCCAUUAUUUGUUCAUCUAUGCCCGCAUGAUAUUCACAGGUGAAAACACUACUGUGGUGACUUCGGCUUGUAUGCCUCGAUCCGCUCCUUAUUUGGUGAAAGGAAGGAGUGAAAUGAGUUCAGCGGGGUCGUAUGAUUUGAAAGGCUCACGAACCAAGUCUAAUAUUUUAAGUCCUUGGCGCAAGGGAAGCAAUCAGACAAGAUUGCCCGACCACGAAUUCCAAAGAUUCAGCGGUAGAAUUGGAACAGGCAAUGACGAAAAUUCAGAACUUGUUUUGCUGAAUCACGUCAGCCAAAAUGAGAAUAUAGUGGCGUUAAGGGGGACAUCAAGGUUAAGAAAUCUUUGGAAGUGGAAAUUGUGUGACCAUUAUGAUAAAGAAAGUACUCCUCAAAAUGAUUACCCGAAUUUGAUCAUUUCACGGGCUAGAUUAAUGUCGCUUAAGACAACAGUGUAG